GUCAGUACACGCGCGCGCCACAUCGCGUAUCGUCGUCUCGCGAAAAAACCACGCGUUCGGCAAGUUGUGAAAAGUUUUUGAUUGGACCUUUUCUAAACGGAUUUCCUAAAAUGUUGUGGAAGACAUUAGUCAAGUAGUUGAAAUAUUUGGUUUGUGCUGAUAAGUUUUAAUCCUUUUUGGUUGUAUUAUUAAGAAGUUGCACAGUGUCUUGGGAAAUAAACUAUGGAUUUCCCACCUUACAUGUAAGAGUUGCUGUUCUUGGUUAUCCAAUAGGUUGGAUAUCGAUAUAAAAACCACUUCUAAACAAAACUGUCAUGUAAUCGAUCACAAUUCGUAAGUUACCAAGAAUUCAACAUGUUCCCAACUUAAAAGAACAAAAAGAAAAUAUGGGAUCCACUCUGAAAUAUUUAAUAUUUGUGCUAUUGAUAAUUUUAGUGAAAUGUUGGGAAUUUUCUAAAAACGCCAAAAUCAGCACGAGAAUUGUGCAGACGAGAUAUGGUCGUUUACAAGGACUUAUUUUACCAAUGGACGAGCAUAGAUAUUUGAAACCAAUCGAAGUGUUCUUGGGCGUUCCGUAUGCAACCUCGCCGAUUUUAUCAAAUAGAUUUAGCCCCACUAGAACGCCUAGCCCUUGGGACGGAGUUAGGCUCGCCGAUAAACUAGGUCCCGUUUGUCCUCAAAAACUACCCGAUAUCGCCAAUGAAACCGCAGCUUUAGAACGAAUGCCCAAAGGAAGAUUGGACUACUUGAAGAGGCUGUUACCUCUUCUAAGGAAUCAAAGUGAAGACUGCUUAUAUUUAAAUAUUUAUUCGCCAGCGCAAGUAUCCUCGGAGAGCAGACAUCCCGUUAUGGUCUACAUCCAUGGCGAGUCAUUCGAAUGGAAUUCCGGUAAUCCUUACGAUGGAAGCGUGUUAGCGGCAUACGCCGACAUGGUCGUGGUUACUUUAAACUACAGACUCGGGAUAUUAGGUUUUCUUAACGCCAACCCAGUACCUCACUUAAAAGCUAGAGUAGCUAAUUAUGGUUUGAUGGAUCAAAUAGCAGCACUUCAUUGGAUCCAACAAAAUAUUGCUUUAUUUGGUGGUGAUCCAGGGAAUGUUACAUUAUCUGGCCACGGAUCAGGAGCAGCUUGCAUUAAUUUUUUGAUGAUAUCCCCGACUGUAAUGCCGGGGUUAUUUCACAGAUCAAUUUUGCUUUCUGGCUCAGCCUUAUCUUCGUGGGCGUUAGUUGAGGAUCCCGUUAAUUACGCGGUGAAGUUAGCAAAAGAAGUAAAUUGUAGUAUUCCGGAAGAUGUGGCGAAAGAUCACGAAAUGAUCGUGGAUUGUUUGAGGGAAACUCCUCUAAACGAUCUUCUUCAAGCCGAUGUGGUGGCCCCGUCGUAUUUGAGUGCGUUUGGGCCUAGUGUGGAUGGUGUUGUGAUUAAGACUGAUUUUGCAAAAGAACUUGUUACUUAUUUUAAACCGUCCGAUUUACAAAGUUUCGUUGGCCCGGUUAACGCGAAUAUGAAACGAAGUGAGGCGACGUUAAAUCCACGAGGUAGCAAUCCUUACGAUUUACUUUUCGGUGUUGUAACGAGUGAAGCACUUUGGAAAUUUUCAUCAAACGACAUUCAAUCGGGCUUUGAGGGUGAAAGACGCGAUAAAAUCAUAAGAACUUAUGUGCGAAACGCUUACACGUACCAUUUAAGUGAAAUAUUCUUCACGGUGGUGAACGAGUAUACGGACUGGGAACGAACUGUACAACAUCCCAUUAAUACUAGAGACGCCGCCGUCGCCGCUUUGAGCGACGCCCAAUUUGUAGCUCCCUUAGUUCAAACAGGAGAUCUCCUCAGUGCUAAACCUCCACCUCCAGGACAUGAAGGAAAUGGUCCUAAAACGUUUUUUUAUGUUUUCGAUUAUCAAACCAAAGAUGGAGACUAUCCACAAAGAAUGGGAACCGUACACGGCGAGGAAUUACCUUUUUUCUUUGGUGCACCACUUGUUGACGGCUUCAAUCAUUUUCCCCGGAAUUAUACUAGGUCUGAACUGGCACUGGCUGAAGCGGUCAUUAUUUAUGUGGCCAAUUUUGCAAGAACGGGAAAUCCCAACGAGCAUCAUAAGCAAGAACCGGUGUUGGCAGCUUCUAGAGAAAGAAAUCGUUUUCGAUCGAUUAUUUGGGACGAGUAUGACUCAAUCCACCAAAAAUAUUUAGAAAUCGGCAUGAAACCGAGAAUGAAGAAUCAUUUCCGUGCGCACCAGUUGAGCGUUUGGUUGAGGCUGAUUCCGGAGCUUCAUAGGGCGGGGAUGGAAGACGUCGUGGCAAGACACAAUUUAUUUCGGAAUCACAAUAAUGCUGAUUUGUACGAUGGAGCUGUUAGACCCGAUCCGUUAUCAAGAGUUAGCUAUUACAAUCCAACUAUGGAGUUAAAUUAUAGACCAAGACCAAAUGUUAGUUUGACCAGCAUCGAAACUCCUACUACUAUGGAUACUAUUGUAACAACUUGCGUUAAUGUUGUUUCUCCAAAUACGUUUAACCACCAAAGUUUUCAAAACCAAAAUACCUCCACAGAUACUUUAGCUAGUUUAGAAGCGGCUGGUUAUGCAGCUUAUAGUACAGCGUUAAGUGUUACAAUAGCAAUCGGUUGUUCGUUGUUGAUUCUGAACGUUCUUAUUUUCGCCGGGGUUUAUUAUCAACGUGAUAAAACCCGUAUGGAAGUAAAAUCGUUGCAGCAACAACAAAACAGGAACCAACCGAACUUUGAAACCAUAUCUAAACACAGCCAUUACCACAUGGGUCACUCUCAAAGUGGAAGUGUCAUCGUAGAUGUUGAGCAAGAUACUUCUGCAAUGAUCCUAGCUAACGCUCAACAAGAUAUCAGCACCUUAUCGAAGGUUCAACAACAUCUUUGCCCGUCGAAUAUACAGUUGUCGAGUAUGAAGGUCCCAUCGUCGACUCAAAGCAAUUGUAUGACGCUUCCUAAAAACGCUUCGCUAUGCUCUCAAAAUUAUAACCCGGGUUGUAUGACACUGCCAAAAAAUACCAGUCUUAUGAACAAUACAGCUUGUGUUAUAGCGGAAAUGCAACAACAAGGGUUGGUUCAACCUCCAAAUGGAAACGCAACGAUGCAUAUGAGCGUUCCAAGACCACCACCACCGCCGCGAACAAAAAGUCCACCAGAAAAUCAACCUUUAUUGGCGAACAAUGGUAAUAAAAAUAUGCGUUUGCCUCAGGCAGCGAUGAGUGAAAUGAGAGUGUGAUAGCAUAGAUCAGUUGAAAGAUAUUGAAGUGCUCAAUGACUAUGUGUAGUAGGGUGUGUUUAAAACGGAUAAUAAUAAAUCGGAUAGUCGGGCCUAAACACAGUAGCCUAAAAAAUUAAAAAUGAAAAAUUGAGUUUCCUGUAAAUAAUAAAAUACCAACUAAAAUAUUAACAAAAAUAAAUCGAAGUUUAUUCUGAAUGUGUUAAAUGUGUAAGUGUUAUAUUCAGAACUGAAUAUAUCCGGAAAUGAACACACAUUUCGUUUUAAAGAAAUCGUUAAGUUUGAUGUCCUUCUUUUUUCCCUGUUAUAUGUUUCAAAAUCUAGUUAUGAUAAACUAUUUUAUUUAUAAACUAAAAAUGGAUCACUUAAAAAAAUAACUAUAACUAUUAAAAAGUAAAUGUUAAAAAAAAAACAAUUAAAAAGUCAAAUCUUGUAACUUAGUAACGAUGAAGAAACUUCAUUCUACUUUCCUCUUCUUCAUAGUUACCAAGACUACUCACAUCAUCUUUCCUAUUAUUUUCUCGUUUAAUUAGAAAUUGCUUUAGAAAUAUACUUCAAAAUGAAAAAUCAACUGCCACUAAAAUUUACUA